UUCCCGCGGAGCCGCGGGCGGGCGGGCGGCGCAGGCCCGGGGGGAGGGGGCGCCGCGGCCGGCUGCAGCCUCUCUACCGCCUCGCUCGGCGUCCGGCCCGGUCGGACCGCUGCUGCCCCGCCGCCGAGCGGAGACCGGGCGCCCGAAGCUGGGGGCGCGGCUGCUCUUGCCUCGCGGGGCCGGGAACGGGCAGGCCCUGCCCUGAAGGGGCGAAGCGGCGGGGAGCGCGGGAGGUGGAGCCGGCCCAGGCGGCCGCCCGGCGUCUCUCCUCAGCGCCCCCUUCCCGGACCCAGCCCGUGGCGGACGCAGGCCCCUGCCCAUGCGGGGCGCCCCCGGCUCGGAAGAGUCCUUGGGGCAGGGAUCAGUUCCAGGCAGCGGCGCCGGAGGGAGAGGAAGAAGGGACAGUGCUCAGCUUGAGCGGCCCGGACCCUCCUCGCAGCGUUUGGAGCCGGGGACCGCCCCGAAGUCUGCGCUUGGCACCGCCACUUGAACUAGGGCAGCGCCUGCUGGGACCCCGACCCCGACCCGGACCCCCUGCGCCUUGUAGGAGGCGGCGGCUGUGCCGCCGCGCCACCCAGCUCUUCCGCGGUCUCCCUGUGUUUGGCGGCAGUCACGGCCAAGAAAGUAUUAUGAGGGAGGCCGAGGACCCCGUGCUCCGGGCAGAGAAGCGGCGCUGGGAUUAGGGGUUGCCACUUCUGAGAGGAUGCUGGGAAUCUGCAGAGGGAGACGGAAAUUCCUGGCUGCCUCCCUGACUGUUCUCUGCAUCCCGGCCAUCACCUGGCUUUACCUGUUCGCCGGGAGCUUGGAAGAUGGGAAGCCGGUGUCCCUGUCGCCGCUGGAGUCACAGCCGCACAGCCCCAGGUAUGCGGCCGCCAGCCAGCGGGAGCGCGAGAGCCUGGAGGUGCGCGUGCGCGAGGUGGAGGAGGAGAACCGUGCGCUGCGGCGGCAGCUCAGCUUGGCGCAGGGCCGUUCCCCAGCCCACCGCCACGGCAACCACUCCAAGACCUACUCCAUGGAAGAGGGUACGGGCGACAGCGAGAACCUUCGCGCCGGCAUCGUGGCUGGCAACAGCUCUGAGUGCGGGCAGCAGCCGGUCGUGGAGAAGUGUGAGACAAUCCACGUUGCGAUCGUCUGUGCCGGGUAUAACGCCAGCCGCGAUGUCGUCACCUUGGUCAAGUCCGUCCUGUUCCACAGGCGGAACCCCCUGCAUUUCCACCUCAUUGCCGAUUCCAUCGCGGAGCAGAUCCUGGCGACGCUCUUCCAGACCUGGAUGGUGCCUGCCGUGCGCGUGGACUUCUACAAUGCAGAUGAGCUCAAGUCUGAAGUCUCCUGGAUCCCCAACAAACACUACUCAGGCAUUUAUGGUCUGAUGAAGCUCGUCCUGACCAAGACUCUUCCUGCCAACCUGGAGAGGGUCAUUGUCCUUGACACGGAUAUCACCUUUGCCACUGACAUCGCAGAGCUGUGGGCUGUGUUCCACAAGUUCAAAGGUCAGCAGGUCCUGGGCUUGGUCGAGAACCAGAGUGACUGGUACCUGGGAAACCUGUGGAAAAAUCACCGCCCUUGGCCUGCGCUCGGAAGGGGCUACAACACAGGAGUGAUCCUGCUACUUCUGGACAAGCUGCGGAAGAUGAAGUGGGAGCAGAUGUGGCGGCUGACUGCAGAGAGGGAGCUCAUGGGCAUGUUGUCCACCUCCUUAGCUGACCAGGAUAUUUUCAACGCUGUCAUUAAACAGAACCCCUUCCUCGUGUAUCAGCUCCCCUGCUUCUGGAACGUGCAGCUGUCGGACCACACCCGCUCUGAGCAGUGCUACAGGGAUGUGUCAGAUCUGAAGGUCAUCCACUGGAACUCCCCCAAGAAGCUACGGGUGAAGAACAAGCACGUGGAGUUUUUCCGCAACCUCUACCUGACCUUCCUGGAGUAUGACGGCAACCUCCUGCGGAGAGAGCUCUUCGGCUGCCCCAGUGAGGCUGAUGUCAACAGUGAAAAUCUUCAGAAGCAGCUCUCUGAGCUUGAUGAGGACGACCUGUGUUAUGAGUUCCGGCGAGAGCGGUUCACUGUCCACCGAACCCACCUGUACUUCCUGCACUAUGAGUAUGAGCCUGCUUCGGACAACACGGAUGUCACCCUGGUCGCUCAGCUCUCCAUGGACAGGCUCCAGAUGCUCGAGGCCAUCUGCAAGCACUGGGAGGGACCCAUCAGCCUGGCCCUCUACCUGUCGGACGCCGAGGCCCAGCAGUUCCUCCGCUACGCGCAGGGCUCCGAGGUGCUCAUGAGCCGCCACAAUGUGGCCUACCACAUCGUGUACAAGGAGGGCCAGUUCUACCCCGUGAACCUGCUGCGCAACGUGGCCAUGAAGCACGUGGGCACGCCCUACAUGUUCCUGUCUGACAUCGACUUCCUGCCCAUGUAUGGGCUCUAUGAGUACCUCAGGAAGUCUGUCAUCCAGCUCGACCUUGCCAACACCAAGAAGGCGAUGAUCGUCCCUGCAUUCGAGACACUGCGCUACCGGCUGUCUUUUCCCAAGUCGAAAGCGGAGUUGCUGUCAAUGCUGGACAUGGGCACUCUUUUCACAUUCAGGUACCACGUCUGGACAAAAGGCCACGCUCCCACAAACUUCGCCAAGUGGCGGACUGCCACCACGCCUUACCGUGUUGAGUGGGAGGCAGAUUUUGAGCCGUAUGUUGUCGUGAGAAGGGACUGCCCCGAGUAUGACCGGAGGUUUGUAGGCUUUGGCUGGAACAAGGUGGCUCAUAUCAUGGAACUGGACGCACAGGAGUAUGAGUUCAUCGUGCUGCCCAAUGCCUACAUGAUCCACAUGCCUCACGCCCCCAGCUUCGACAUCACCAAGUUCCGGUCCAACAAGCAAUACCGCAUCUGUCUCAAAACCCUGAAGGAGGAGUUCCAGCAGGACAUGUCUCGCCGCUACGGCUUUGCCGCCCUCAAAUAUCUCACGGCUGAGAACAACAGCUAGCACCAGGAAGCCCACCACUAGGGAGAGAGACCUAUUCUGCAGGGGGAACACCACUCGCUGUUUGGGGCCCAGCCUUCAAACUCAGAAUUGAGCAGUGCUUUUUUUGGUUUGUUUUUAUUUGUCUCUUUGGCCCAACAAAGCUGCCCAUACUACAGAGAUCUGGGACAAAGAUCCAGCCAGCGCCUCUCUGCUCCACAAUCUGGCAUUCCCAGAACGUGGAAGAACAGCUCGUUGACACAGUCUCUUCAAGAAUGGGACACAGAGGAGUUAGAGGAGCAAAGGGAUGUUAUCCGACCACAAAGCCACAAAACCAAGCAGGUCUUUAGGACGUUUUCAUUGCCUUUUAAGAAAGGAAAGUCAGGGUGCUGGGGGUUAGCCAUCCUGGGAAAUAAAAGCAAAACUGUCUCUUCGUUCAGAGGAAACUUUCUUUUUUUGUCCUGCAAUCUAGCCACAUAUCCAAGGUGGGAGGCAAACCAAUGAUCUGAACCAACCAUUUGGAAAAACCCAAUGGGGACGUUAUACUGGGUGGGACCUGGAGGUGGGGCGGGUGGGGGGGGGUCGGUUGGUUCUUUAUCCUCAAGGACACUCUCGUUUUGCUUUGAUUUGUUUUUGUUUGGUGGGGGUUGUUUGUUUGUUUUUGGUCGGGGAAUCCAAAAUAGAAAACCUGAUCUUUUAAGGCUCUGAAGGAGAAUCGGCUGCUUCAUCCAGCAUACCCCUGUCAGCAGUGGCCCCGCAAGGAGUACGAGAGUCUUCAGCCACUAUUUAAGAUGGGCAGCCUUCUUCAGGAUUAUCACUGAGGCCUCCAUGACCUUGAAUCCCCUGCUCUCCAGAGUCCAGGGGCUCAGACGGAGACUGUGGAAAUACGAAGACCGUCACAUUUGCUAUUGGCCGUGACUGGUUCGUGGGGAAAGGGCUCAGAACGGAUUGUUCCAGCGUACACGGCAGGUACGGACCUCUCAGGCCUUUAGAACUGCAGUAGUUCACACAAGCCCAGUUCUGAAGAUCCAUGUGUCCAUCUGGAAACCCUCAGGAAGACUGUGCUGGGUUCCUCUGUGUUCAUGCUAAUUCCCUGUCGGGCUCCCUCUGGGACCUGUCCAGAGGGUAGGCAAGCACCUUUACCAUUACACGGAUUGAGGAGACACUGGACUUUUUACCCAUUUUCUUGAAUCUUCAAUAUUAAUGUUGUGUUUACAUUGAUGAGAACAAGAGUCCACGCCCUACUCCCGGCUGGGCUGUUUGUAUUGAGUUGCAAUGUGACCAGCGAACGCUGCAUUCAAUAAACGAAAGUCCGGACUGUU